AUGUUUUCCAAGGCUAUUGCUGUCCUGGCGGCGGCGACGUUGACGUCGGCCGCUACGCCCCAGGGAUUCAUGCCCGCUUCCAACACCCCUCUAAUCGUCUCUUAUAUGGGCAUCUCGGCGCUGGACGGUGUGAAUCUUCCCAGGGACUCUAGCCAGAACAUGCCCACGAUCGCGACCGAGCAGAAGCUGCAGGGUCAGUUUGCCGUGAUGAUGGUGGAUAUCGAUGUUCCGACCAACGAGCCCCCCAAGACGGGCACUCUCCUCCACUGGAUGCAGACCGGUUUCACGUCCGCCGAUACCCCCACGCUCCUUAACACGACUGCCGGCACCAAGACCGUCUACCUCAUGCAGAACAAGAUGAACGCGGCAGCUCUCGCCCCGUACAUUGGCCCCAACCCGCCCGCGAGGGAGCCUCUCAGCCACAGAUAUACCUUUGUCGCCGUCGACCACACCCAGAUCACGCAGCAGGGACUCACGGCCCUGUCCGGAGCCGCCCAGAACCGCCGUGACUUCAACCCCAUGAGCGCCCUCAUGGCUGCCGGUCUCCAGGACAAGGUCGUCGCCGGCAACUACUUCCGCGUCACCAACGCCGGCCCUGUCGGCGCCGGUACGGGUGCCGGUAACACUAGCGGCACCACCCCCACCACCCCCGGCGCCAACCCCGGCAUGGCACCCAUGCCCGGCAUGAGCAUGACUCCCGGAAUGACCAUGCCCAUGCCUGGUAUGCCCGCUGGCUCGAGCCCCCCUGUCGGAGGUGCCCAGCCCAGCAACCCCAUGGCCGCUUCCAGUCAUCGCACCACCCCCGCCUUCGGCGUUAUGGGCGCCGGCCUGCUGGCUGUUGGCUCGCUGUUCGUCUGGCUGUGA